AUGAUGAUGAUGUCUCUGAACAGCAAGCAGCCUUUUGCUAUGGCCCACACCAGCUUGCCCGAACCGAAGUAUUCGUUGCAUUCCUCCUCAUCCUCCACUUUGACUUCCAAUGCACCGUCCUCCUGCUCGUCCUCCCGACACAGCAACACCAUCAUCAGCAGCAGCGGCAGCAGCUCGGAGGCGAUGCGCAGAGCCUGUCUCCCAACCCCACCGAGCAAUAUAUUCGGAGGCUUGGAUGAGAGUUUGUUGGCCCGGGCUGAAGCUCUAGCGGCGGUGGAUAUAGUCUCGCAGACCAAGAGCCACCACCACCCUCCACAUCACAGCCCUUACCACACCAUGAACACUCUUCCCUGCACCUCGUCGUCCUCCUCCUCUUCGGUGCCUAUUUCUCAUCCUCCGCCUUGUCUGCAUCACCACCACCAUCACCACCACCACCAGCCCCACCAGGCGCUGGAGGGGGACCUGCUGGACCACAUCACCCCGGGACUGGCACUAGGAGCCAUGGCAGGGCCGGAUGGCUCGGUGGUUUCCACGCCUGCGCACCCUGCCCACAUGGCGGGCAUGAACCACAUGCACCAGGCAGCCAUCAACAUGGCUCAUGCCCACGGGCUACCACCGCACAUGGGCAUGAGCGACGUGGACGCCGAUCCAAGGGACUUGGAAGCCUUCGCAGAGAGGUUUAAGCAGAGACGGAUCAAACUCGGGGUUACCCAGGCGGAUGUAGGGUCAGCUUUAGCCAGCCUGAAGAUUCCUGGGGUGGGCUCCCUCAGCCAGAGCACCAUCUGCCGAUUUGAGUCCCUCACGCUCUCUCACAACAACAUGAUUGCUUUGAAGCCCAUCCUGCAAGCGUGGCUAGAAGAAGCCGAGAAAUCACACAGGGAGAAACUUAAUAAACCCGAGUUGUUCAACGGCGCGGAGAAAAAGAGGAAGCGCACGUCGAUAGCCGCGCCAGAGAAGAGAUCACUGGAGGCCUAUUUUGCCAUUCAGCCGCGUCCCUCCUCGGAGAAAAUCGCAGCAAUCGCAGAGAAGCUGGACCUCAAAAAGAACGUGGUUCGGGUCUGGUUUUGCAACCAGCGACAGAAACAGAAACGAAUGAAAUACUCUGCAUGCGUCUAAGAAUCGCUUUAAACCUCCACCCACGAAAAGACUUGGAACUGUUUAGAGACGAUUUGUAUCAUAUUUCCUAUCUCACACCUUUUUUUCAAUCAUCGAUGACUUUGUGCUUUGAACUUCGAAAAAUUCCUAAAUAUUGAACAAUGACUGAAAAACUCGAGAGAAAAAAAAAACAAAAACAGCCCACAGUCACGUCUUUUACUCGCUGAGAGGGGAGACGUGGAGUCAAGUAAAGCAUCGUUUGACAGAGCAAGUAAGAACACUGUUUCCACACUUACUAUGCUUCACCUUUUUAAUGUCAACGCAGUAUGACUUA